AGAGGGCUUGAAUGGCAUUUGCAAGAGCCAGGAAAGCGUUCACGAAAACAUACAACGACGUAAUGUCGGGGAUGCGUUUGGAUAUCAUGCCUUGACCACGAAAGAGUCAUUAUCCGCCGAUAAACUGCAGCAGCACGUCAGAAAUAAAGGCCUCCGCCGAUGGAGCUCGCUGCUCUUUAAUCCAGCUGGAGACCUCCCUGACAGGCUGCGACGAGCUACAGAGAAGGGACGCUUUAAUCGCAAUUGAGGAAUUUAUGGGAUCACAAGUUUCCUCUGAUGAGAUGAGUGUGCGUGCUGGCCAGGGCAGUGAUGAGGUGCUGGUAUCUCAGGCGGUGUGGGAUUACCUGGUUGCAGCCGGGCGGCCCUGGCUCAUUGACUUCCAGCACAGGCAGGGGAUGAGCGCCGGUAUCAUUAGGCGAGGAGAAAGGGGGGGCUGCUGUGCCAUUCGGCUGCAGCCGGUGGAAGGCUCCAGGAGCCCUGGAGCUGGAGUGAUAGAUGGACCCGUCUCCAGUGAGACACGAAAAGCCUUCAUUGACUUAUGCCGCUGUGCCCGCAAAGAAAUGAGCAAACAGGAGGGGGGACCCAAGAGGAAGAGGGCUCUUCUGCCUUGUGUGGGAGCCCUUGAGCAGAAUGGAGAGGGGAGCCUGCUUCAGCCUCCGCCUCCACAACCUCGGCGUUCCCAGAGACAGCCGCAGAGGUUCAGGAAGCCUGCUGAUGAGGAGGCAUGUGCCAUGCUGCACGAGGCAGCCCAGAGGAAAGACCUGGUCUCUAGCAUGGCUUCCCACAGUGAAGCGGAGGACACUAAUACUUGCUCUAUCUGCAUGGGGGAGAUAGUGGAGAAGACAACACUGGAGAAAUGUGGCCAUUCUUUCUGUCGCUCUUGCCUGGAUCAAGCCUUUAAGGUGAAGAAAGCAUGUCCCGUGUGUCGACUAGUGUAUGGCCAGCUAAUCGGCAACCAGCCUGCCAACGGUACAAUGAUUGUGGAGAGAGAUCCCGAUCUGGAGCUUCCUGGCCAUGAAGGCUAUGGCUGUAUCUGCAUCAUCUACAGCUUCCCUCCAGGCCAACAAACGUUAGAACACCCCAACCCGGGUGUUCGAUACCCUGGAACAGACCGCGUGGCCUACCUCCCUGAUAGCCCCGAGGGGAACCGUGUGCUGGGUCUGCUGCGCCGGGCCUUCGAACAGCGCCUUAUCUUCACCAUUGGUACCUCCAUGACUACAGGCAUGCAGAACGUCAUCACGUGGAAUGACAUUCAUCACAAAACCUCAAUAUGGGGUGGUCCGCGCUGCUUUGGGUACCCAGAUCCCACUUACUUGGUGCGAGUGACAGAGGAGCUCAGAGAAAAAGGCAUCACAGCGGACUGACAGCCUGAAAUUGACAGAUCUUCCAGGACUUUGUAGGACCUUGUGAACGUCCUUGCUGUGGGCAUGACUCAGCUAGAGGUUGUGCCCUGAAUGCUCGACGGCUGAAGACGAAAACCGCACCAGACAGGCAUCUAAUGCUGCAGCAGAGCCCAUAUCUCCCCCCACUACUUGUUCUUCUGUUUGUUCAUUUUCUGCAGGGUUCAGCUUACCCCCAGUGCAACAUUUGGAAGAAAACCCUUUUGAGUGCAGUGCAUUCUUAUAUUACAAAUUCUCAAAACUGCCUCUGCUGGCAACGGGCCUGGCAACUGAUGCACACAUCUACGAGCAUCGUGGCGUGAUGGCGUUCAUGGUACUUUAAUAUUAUUUAGGAAAUCCAAGUUUAAUCUUUUUAGACUUUAUGUUCCAACAGUGUUUAUUUCCUCAGUUCUUACUUUGGGGGUUACUUUUAAUUCUUAAAAGCACACAUCCUUGGUUGUAUCCCUCAACAAUGUUUGUUGAACAAGUUUGAUUGUUAUUAAUUACCUGUUGUAAGGAUUGUACUUGGCUCAUACGACAGAGUAGCACUGCUUCUAUAAACAGAAAUCAUUUUCUGAAGUUAUUGCAAUCUAAAGCACUCACAGGCACUUUGGUAAGGUAGUUUGAUUUUUGGCGCAGUAGUAGUAGUAUGAAGGGUUUUUGCUUCCUCCCAUGUAAAGGGUAAUUGGGGACAAACAGGUUUGCGCAGCCAUCAGCUAUUAGCUGGCUACAAGUUGAUGUCAGUUGCUUCAAACACUCAUCUGUGUGUGACCUUCAUCCCUGUUUUUACUUAGAUGAGUGGAAUGUUAAAUGAUGUCUCAUUGCAGCACCUUUUGGCAUGCAUUCCCACUUGUUGUGUUUUUCUGCAUUUGUUACUGCUGUUAUAUCAAGAUGUCUCUGAGGUGUUACACCCAAUUCCUCACUAGUUAGUAACGUGUUCCUUUGAUUACCAGAUUUAUGACGAUGUCAACUAUGAAGGGCAUAUAAACCACUUAAACCAAAUCGAAGGCACAAAGGCUCUUUAAUUAUCUAUGCUUCAGUCCCUGUCAGACUGGGAGAUUUGCCUUUUAAUCUUCUCAUUUAAAAUAAGCUAACUGUUUAGAAAUUUGCUUAAACCCACUAAAAGGCAGUUUGGAAAAAAGAAAUAUUAAAAAAAUGUUGCGUGAACAAUUGAUUUGAUUUAGGGUGGGAUACUGAUCUAAUUUUGUUGUGCCUUUCUUAUAUUCAUUUUUGAUAAAAUAAAAACCAAGCAUGAUGGUUCUGAUGAAUGAUAAGCUGUUUGGGUGUAUUUUAGUGUUAUUUGAUAGGUACACACUAUUAUGUUUUAGCUGUACUGUCUGCUACGGAGUACGAAACACACCGUUUGUAAAAAUGUGUAUUUAUGUGUCAUUGAAUUUGCCCUCUCCCUCAUAAACAGUCUUAUUCUCCAAAUGCUGAAAAAGACCCUCAGAACGGAUAAUCUGUACGUGGGGAAAAAGUGCUUUGAAAAUCCAGAAACCUGCUUGGCUAAAUUCACCAUGGAUUUGAAUGGUCAUAUCCACGCAUCAAAUACUUUUAUUAUAUUUUCAACGUCUUUGUAUUUUAGUUAAGGGACCAACUCAAAUAUUUUUUGGGACACAGGAUUGUAGUUUACUAAAGCUACUGUGCAAACAUUUCUAUGCAUUACAUGGCCGAGGAGGAGCCAGGAGGAAGGGCAGACAGAGGGAUUCCACAUAUUACUAAUUGAUUGUGAAGGAAAACCGAGUUUUGCUUUUCUAAUUGUGUUGAUUCGUACUUUGUUGAUAUUCAGAAUAAUGUGCUUCACAUUUUAAUACUUGAAUAAAGAGUUAUG